AACAGAAAGUCUUGUCAAUGGACGUCGGAUCUGGAAUGAUAUGGAUAUACAAGCGAAUAUGAGUUCGAUCAAUUGCCUGUCCCACAAUGACAGCGACCCGGCACAGAAGUCUCCCGCUGGGUUGUCCACUGCGCUGGCCAGCGUGCUGAUCUUGACUAUAGUGGUGGACAUCGUUGGCAAUGUCCUUGUAAUUCUUUCCGUGUUUAGAAACAAAAAACUGAGGAAUGCAGGAAACAUCUUCGUGGUGAGCCUCUCGGUGGCCGACCUGGUGGUGGCCGUGUACCCCUACCCCCUGGUGCUGACGGCUAUCGUCCGCGACGACUGGACCAUGGGCGACCUGCACUGCCAGGCCAGCGGCUUCAUCAUGGGCCUCAGCGUCAUCGGCUCCAUCUUCAACAUCACAGCCAUCGCCAUCAACCGCUACUGCUACAUCUGCCACAGCCUGCACUAUGACCGGCUCUACAGCGUCCGCAACACCUUCCUCUACCUGGGCCUCACCUGGCUGCUGACGGCCAUCGCCACCGUGCCCAACUUCUUCGUGGGCUCGCUGCAGUACGACCCGCGCGUCUACUCCUGCACGUUCGCCCAGACGGUCAGCUCGUACUACACGGUGUCGGUGGUGGUCAUCCACUUCCUCAUCCCCGUGCUGGUGGUGUCCUACUGCUACAUGAGGAUAUGGGUGCUGGUGAUCCAGGUGAAGCACCGCGUCAAGCCAGCGCAGCGGGCCAAGGUGAAGCCCAGCGACGUGAGGAACUUCCUCACCAUGUUCAUGGUGUUUGUGUUGUUCGCCGUGUGCUGGGCGCCGCUCAACCUCAUCGGGCUGGCGGUGGCCGUGGACCCGUCCCGGGUGGCGGCCAGGGUACCCGAGUGGCUGUUUGUCACCAGCUACUUCAUGGCGUACUUCAACAGCUGCCUCAACGCCGUCAUCUACGGGCUGCUCAACCAGAACUUCCGCAAGGAGUACAAGACCAUCGUGCUGGCCUUGUGCAUGCCCCGCCUGCUCAGGACCGAGUCGUCCAGGUGUCCCACCGAGGGCAUGAGGACUAAGCCCUCGCCGGCCUUCACUAACAACAACAUGGCGGAGGUUGAUGUUUGAGCGGUACUGUUUGUUUUCGGUGGAGGAGUCGAUCUCCAAUUGAACCUCCGUAUGAUCUGAUGAUUUUGUGCCUUUUGCUGAGAUGCUAUUCUUAUUCACGGUGUCCGUGUGUGUGUGUGUGUGUGUGUGUGUGUGUUUGUGUGUGUGUGUGUGUGUGUGUGUGUGAGUGUGAGUGUGAGUGCGAGUGUGUGUGUGUGUGUGUGUGUGAGUUUGCGUGCGAAUACCUUAUACAUUUGUAAUGUGCUGAAGUGCCACAAACUCAAGUGAGACCAACUCAAGGGGAAUAAUCCCAAAGACUAAAUGUACUGCAUUGUUCGGUCACAAAUUGACAAUGAUGUAAAGCCAAGGAUCCAAACCAAUCCAACCCUGUAACCUUUUUUGUCAGCACUGAAUCAACACUUUUUCCUAGCGCUCACUUUCUUGAGCACUCUUGACUGUUUGUACCUCAUAUCCAUGACAACCACUGUAUUACUUUGCAUGCGGUCACAUGAUAUCUGACAAUAAUAAUGAAUGCAGGAAGGAUCUCGUCAACAUAAAAAAAAGUUUUUUUUAGAUUUUAAAUUUUAAAAUUAGAAUCAGAAUGUUCCAAGACAACAUCUGGUCAACUUCCUGUUUCCUGUUUCUAAAUUAUGUUUUUCUCUCACACUUGCCUCAUAUCUUCUGAUUGGUUGAUCUUGUUUGCGCCCCCUACAAGUUUAAAAAGGUACAAUCUUUUUAAUUUGUCAAAAUUGGGUUACCUAUAAUUGUAAUGUGUCACGGCUCCUCCGUGUGUCAUGGUGUCCCUAGCAAGACCACUUACUGCUCACGAAGAGCUGGCUGUCGCCUUGCAUGUUUGACUCCGCCUUCGGUGUGUGAAUGCCUAUAUGAGCUGUUGUAAGUCACUUUUGAUAAAAGCAUCUAUUAAGCGCCCAAAAUGUAUGUAAAUACAUUUUUUAUUACUUCAAUUUCCAGAUAUAGACAAACAUUUAUUCAAUUAAGGUAUUUUUCACAUAUUGGCAUUCAAAAAGGUAUCUGUGUGUUAUUGGUACUUAUUACUUGUAUACAACUGCACUUACGUCAUAUGCCUGCGAUGACAUUAAACCUGACAAGUAUUUUUUCCAAUCACGAUGCCCUAUUGUCAACUGUAACUCAUAGCAGCAUCAUCUAGCUUUGGUUUUUCACGGAUUAAUAUAUCAAGGUGAGGCUCUACCCUGCCAAACCGUGACAAAUCCUACAGGUAGGUAUCAAAUAAUAAUAUACCGUUGUGGCUGCAGCCAAUGUUUAUUGUCAACCAUUGUGCUGCCAAUGGAGCAGCACAUCUUAAUAAAAUGCCUGUUUUGCAUUUAAGUAUAUAUCUCCCAAUAUGGUUUACAAAUGAUAUAGACCUAUAUAUGCAUGUUCAUCCUCAGAGCAUCUCAAACCAGCUCUUUCAAUUCAUAUGUCUCGCAAACUCAUUUCAAGUCUGAUGAUUAUGAGGGAUGGCUGAAAUUGCUGCA